AUGGAUGAGGUGCGCCUCUGGAAGGUCAAGCGCAGUCAGAGUGACAUCAUCCGCUCCAUGCGCCUGGCAUCGGGCCUGGAGAACCACGCAGACCUCGUGGCCUACUGGAAGUUUGACGAGCCGGACAAAGAUGGGGGCGAGUUCAGGGCGCACGUGGUGGCCAAGGACUCCUCUGGGAAGGGCAACGACCUGCAUCUGGCGACGCCACCUCAGCGCGGCGACGUGGAGAUCAAGCCCGCCGCCAACUCCCUGCGCACGGGCCGGCUGGAGUUCAAAAACAACCUCGCGCUGAACAAGCAGACCAAGGGCAUGCCCGAAAAGUCCUUCACGGAUGUGUACUCUCAAAUGUUCAGCUACGCAGCCCCCCGCGGCGACGACCCGGCGGCGGGCCCAGACUUUGCUGAUGAUGCGAUCCGCAUAGAAAGGUACCUCGAGAACUUCCUGCUGACAGGCGGCACCUUUGGGAGCGACCACAGCACCGCCGGGGCCGUCAGCGUUCACAUCAACAGCAACGAGAACACGGACUCGACCCACGCAGAAAACUGGAUCGACUUUGACGCGGGCUGGGUGGACGACAAAUGGCAUCACGUCGCGGUCACCUGGGACCACGAGGACGGCACCACGCGGCUGUACCUGGACGGAGAGCAGAAGACCGCCUUCUGGAAGAGCGAGUGCGUGCGCUGGGGGGGCGGCAUGGUUGGCGUUUGGCCGCGCAAGACCGGUGGCGGCGGCGCCCGGGUCAUCGGUUUGAGGGGGGGCCGACGCGGCACAGCGGGCCGCCGCGGCGCCGUCGACGACAAGCCGGCCAAGGAGGGCGGCGUCGACCCCAAGGUCGCAGCAAAGACCACCCGCCGCGGCGACGGCGCGCUCGCGCUGGGCCAGGACCAGGACUGCCUGGGGGGCUGCUUCUCCCCCGCCAACGCGUUCGAUGGCGAACUGGCCGUGCCCGUCCCCCCUCGCCUCAACCCCAACCCCAACCUCAUCCCCGACCCCAUCCCCCCCUACGCGCCCCGGCAGCUGCGCGUGUGGGGCCGCGUGCUGACUCAGGAUGACGUCAGACGCAACAUGUGGCGCAACAGGCCCGACAACGAGGAGGGGCUGGCGGCGCUGUACGUGUUCGAUACGGAAGGCGUGAAGGCCGUCGGCGCGGAGGGCGGCGCGGACGCGCUUGUGGCGGUGGACCGCACAGACGGGCGCCUGGCAGAUCCCGCGGGGCGGGGCCGCCGCUCCGAGGCCCCCGCGCCCAACCAGAACCACCUGCAGCUGCGGGCCAACCCCCCAGAGUGGGUCUACUCCUACGCGCCGCUCACGCUGCCGGACGGCACGCCCGGCGCCCCGCCGGCGCCCGGCAAGGCCGGCUACGCGAUGCGCCUGCACGACAACCAGGCGCGUCGUUCUGGGCCCCCAACCCCCGCGCGCCGUCCCUUCACGCCCCACCAUCAGCGGCCCGUGCUCAUGGUGCCCGAGUUCCACGACUUCCCCUCCACCGCGAUCACCGUCGAGUUCUGGAUGCAGUCCGUCGACACGUGCCGCCCCGGGGUGCCCUUCAGCUACGCCCACGGCCGCUACCAGCAGGAGGACAACUCCUUCCUCGUCCUCAACUAUAACAGCUG